UUUGGGCGUAAAUUGUUCAACCUUAGAUAAUCCGGCACAUGGUCGAGUAAGACUACGAGCAAGAGGCAGAAUCGCAAAGUUCAGAUGCUAUCGUAAAUACACGUUAUUUGGAAAAAAAAUGAUCAUAUGUUCAGGCGACAAAUGGAGUUUUCCACCACCUAUUUGUAUACGAAAAGGUUGUGAUGAAAUUCAAUCUACAGGAAAUGUUACAAUCACUGAAGAAAAAAAUGGCGCUGUACUAGAAUUCAAAUGUGCUCCACCACUCAUAUUGACAGGCGAGAAAAUGAUCACGUGUGAUGGAGCUACUUGGAGUGCCCAAAUUCCUUCAUGUAAAUAUGUAGAACCAGGAAAAUACUGUGAUUUUGAAGAUGAAAAUAUUUGUGGCUGGCAACAUGAUAAACUAGCAAACUUUGAAUGGAAAUGGAAUUCUGGUACCACACCUACUCGACGCACAGGUCCGAAAUAUGACCAUACCUUGGGGAAAGGUCGAAACGGACAUUAUAUGUUUAUGGAAUCAUCAUCUCCUAUAGAAAUGAACGACAAAGCAAGAUUAUUGUCUCCGUAUUUUCCAGCUACAACCGGUGGUCUGUGUUUUGAGAUCUGGUAUCAUAUGUUGGGACCAGUAGGAUACAACCAAGUUGGAAGAUUAAAAAUAUAUAUUGGAGAAAUGGGACAAACGGAUAUACUAUCACAAAAAGCAGAGUUCGAGGUUUUUGGGAAUCAAGGGGACGAAUGGAUAAAAGGACAAUUUCCAGUCGGAGAACGAAAAACGUCUUUCAUGUUUAUAAUUGAAGGUACGAAAUUAAAAAGUCACUUGAGUGAUAUUUCUGUAGAUGAUCCUAAACUGUACAACUGUUCGGAUGAUUUUAAGGACAGUACUCUUAGUAAUCGAGAAACAACUACAAUCGACGCAACAGAUGCUGUUAUGCAAACCACAGGUUGGACAUUAUUGAAUACACCACGAAAUACUUUUACAACGAUGCAUCGUAGACCAGUCGGAACUAAUAAAGCUUCGUUGCGUUCAGCAGCAGUUACUGAAUUAGAAAAAGUCGCAAUUGAACUAUCAGCUUCCCUUACAGGUGUUCUUUCAACUGGUUACCGAGUAAAAACUACUGAAUGUUUAACUGUCAACAACACAAAAUCGCCUAAAGCAUCAAACAUAACUUUAGGAACAAGGAAAUCCACUUCUCCUACAGUAACCGAAGCAACUACUGAUUAUCAGACAAAUAGUGUACCAGUUAAACAAUCGUCAAUUGUUCUUAGUUCUGAGUCAAUGACAACCCAAGAAAAAGCAAAGACGCGCAUGAUUAUGAAGGCAACAACAAUUAAAGAAACAACUACGCGAGAAACUACUAAAUUAAAACCAAUAACUAAACCUGUCAUGUCAAUCAAAGCUUCAACCUCUACGACAGCAACUACAAAUAACAUAACAACGACGUGGAAAAUAAAAACAACAAUGAAUACAAAAUCUACAACAUUUGCAAUUAGUACAGCACAUAAACCGGAAAAUACCAAUGAUGUCAAGACGACUAGCCCUACGAAAACGUCGAAACGUGAACCAUUAAAAAGAAGUUCAAUUGGGUUAACUACACAAGGUGUAUCGUUUUCUAACAAAAAGUUAGAAAUGUCUUCUGAAGAUACUUCAUAUUCGUCAGUUAAGUAUCAAACUUCAACAGAAGGUUCACCAGAAAUAGUUGAAUCAGACGACACUGUUAAACUACUCAUGAUUGUUAUAGGAGUAGGAAUAGUAAUUGCAUUAAUGAUAAUGACUAGCGCAAUUUAUGCUCAUCAUAAAAAGCGACAAAAAGAAUGUGUUUUGUGGGACAGAGGGGAACCGAUAGUUAAAAAUGACUCAAUCGAUAUGUAUAAUUGUGGCAAAGACAGUGAUGUAGGCUAUCCUUUUGAAACAUAAACGCUUAAUCAUGGAAACGAAGGCAAAUAUUCUCUUUCACCAAACAGCUAAUCUGCUGUGCCUAAAAGUGUCUCUCCUUGCAUGCCAAAAUUGUUGUUACUGAGCAAAUAUCACUUUUUGUCUCAAGCGUUCCUGAUUUGAUUUAUUAGAAAAACAUGCGCUCUUAAAUCGACAUCAUACAUUUAUUAAUAUUAUAAUGAACCUAGACUAUUCCCUGACAGUUAUAGCGACUCAGUAGUGUCGUGUUUCGUAAUGAUAUCAUUUUUAGCUUACCCGUCCCAAAGGGCCGUAGUGAGCUUUUACCAUCACUAGGUGUCCGUUGUCUGUAGUCGUCGUCUGUCGUCCGUUUACAUUUACAAAGAUAAUCUCCACUGAAACUACUUGGCCAAAUUUAACUAAACUUGGCCACUAUCAUCAAUGGGGAAUUAAGUUUUAAAAAUGUUUAUCAAAUAUUAUUUUAUUACUAUAGGUUUCCGUUUCGAUAUUCCAAACAUCUUUUAUUUUGGCGAUAUGACUCUUGGUAAAUGAAGGGAAGAACAAAGGUUUCCAUUUCCAUUUCAUAGUGUUGCUACCAAAUAUAUUCUCUUUAAGAAUACUAGUUUUUUAACGUUCGGUCAUUUUACUAUAAAGUUCACACCAUGCAGUAACCGCCUUUAGGUACAAAUUUGACAUAAACUUAAUUUAAAUUAUAUUUAGAUCUUUACAGGUACAUAUAAAAUAUCCUAUACCAAAUUUUCGGUCAAAGUGUUUUAGCCAGUAUUUGGCAAUUGCUUUCCAACUUUGUGUUGGACUUCCUAAACUUCUAUAAUAGGCUUUUUAUGAAACUUUCCAAACUGAUCAUUUUGAUCCCCUCUAUGCUUUCAUCUAGACAACAUAAUUUUCUGUCGACAAGGCUGACUUUAGAGCCCCAAACAAAAUCCCAGAAAAAGGGGUUUAUUUCUUUUUCAAACUCAUUAGGUAUACCCUCAUCUCAAUCUCGUAUCCCAAAAUAGAUAUUAAUGUUUUAUUUUCAAUCAGUACUUUACCUCUGUAAGUUAAAUUUCUUGUUGUGAAUACAGUUUUUUUAUCUUGCCAAUUAUAGAAUCCCAUAUUUUACUGUUAUUAAUGUUAUAACCAUGGUGCACCACUAAAGUUUUUAUGCUAUCUUUGAUCCAGGAUAAUCUUUUUUAACCUUGGUUUUUUGCCCUUUAGCCUCCGAAUAAACAAACCUUUUGUUUUAUUGAAGUUAAUUUUGGAACUGGAGGAGUUUAUAUUAAUAACUUCAAAGCAAAUGGGUGUGAGUGCAAAAGUGCGUAAUUAGUUCAUGCAAAAUGCCUAUAAUUUGCCUUCUUGAAUACAAUGAAAACUCAUUUAUUCUAAUCAGUGUUGCCAUCUUCUCCCCUUUUCAUUAGAAUUAUUUCUUAUCUUUUAUCUAACUAAUUAAAUGUUAUAUUUAAAUGAACAAAUGUUACAAUAUUCAUCAAAAUUGAUAUGUGUGCAUGAUAACUGCCCGAAGUUGGUAAUUUUUCUACCUAAAAAAAUGCAAUUUUGAGCCAAAAAUCCAAAGGGACCCGUAACCAUGGCAAAGGGAACAUAAACAAUUUUAUUGUCAAUAUAUUUCUUAUAUGUUUGUCGAUAGCUACCAACAAACAAAAUUUCAAAAAAACAGAAACUAUGCUUGCGGCAACUUGGUUUGUGGUGACAGAGAAUUGUUAUAAAUACGACAAAUCAAUGUAAAAAAAAACUAAGAUAAUCGCAUGAAAUUCGAUUGCUAUGAGCUCGGUAGCUAAUGCUAUGAGCUCGGUAGCUAAUGUCGCUUUAAAAGAAUUUUGUAAAUGUUUUAUUGUUUCUCUUUUAUAUAGUUGAUGUGUUUCCCUCGGUUUUAGUUUGUAACCAGGAUUUGUUUUCUCUCAAUCCAUUUAUGACUUUUGAACAGCGGUAUACUACUGUUGCCUUUAUUUAUAUAUUACACAGCUUUUACAGACUUGGAACGUUUAAGAGCAUAACGUACCUGUCUAUUGUUUAGUCGUUGUUUGUCCUUUUUUAUCGUUGGGUUGCUUUCACACUGACAUUUAUCCCUAUUAUCCUUUUAUUUAUAUGAAAUGUGGACCUUUUUAUACAAAGUUCACAUGUCUGUUGCAGGGACUAGUUAUUUAAUUUGAUAUUGCUACAAUAAGGUCAUCAUGAAGAUCAUGGUAACAUUUGAUUUUUAAAAGCCAAGGGUUAAUGUCGAGCUUAGUGUCACCAAAUCGUUGUCACUACGACAUAAACAAUACACGGUUUGUUAUUUCUGUCUGAAUUUGAUUUGAAUAAUUAUAAUAAAGAAAUGAUGACCACUAUUGAUUUUUAAGGUAAAUGCUGGAGAUCAUAGGAGUUCAGUCCAAAUCCGGUUCAGAGAAUUAAUUUAUAUUCUGCUUCAAGCUUUAAAGACAUUUAAAACGUAAAAAUAGACAUCUCUCGUGUUUUGCACUCAUUUGGCCGAAUGGUAAAAAGUAAAAUAACAAAAAUACCGAACUCCAAGUAAAAUUCAAAACAGAAAGUCCCUAAUCCCUUAUCAAAUGGCAAAUUCAAAAUAUAAAACACAUAAAACGAAUGGAAAACAACUGUCAUAUUCCUGACUUGUUCUAAGGUUAAGGCU